AUGCACAGUGCCUGGAUGGCGGUAACGACGAUAGUGUUCUUCUAUAGUCGGCCCUCCGCCGACGCGUUGACGUUGACUGCGCCGGUGAAGACGACGCACGGCCGCGCUCAAGGCAAAGUCUACGAUUUUGGCGCCAAAGGCAAGGUGGGCGCGUUCAUGGGAAUACCGUAUGGAAGAGCACCGGACGGAGAGUUUCGGUUUCAGGUAAGGAUGGGUGGGAGGGUUUUAGUGCUUACUGUAUAAAUAUGCUAUGUUCACUAUAUUUAUUGAGAUGAGGAACUUUAAGGCGUUGUAAAAUUAAUUUUUAUGAUGAAAAAGAUAAGAUUUAGCUUUUAAUCAGACAAAUUGUGCAUAGAUUGACAUUGUUUACCAACAAUAAUGAGCUUAAGCUUGUGUUUUGAAGUUUUUAAAAAUCUUUUUUGAAAUCUAAAAUUUUUAAAUUCCAAAUUAAAAAAAUGAUUAUAAUUACCUCAAAAGAAAUGUCAUUCUAGCCAAAAAAAAUAUUUCAGCAACGUAAAAGGUCGUUUGAAACCUUUUUUUCAAAAAAAAUGUCAAGUUUUAUGUAAAGAAAGUCCUCGCAACUGACACGGCAGCCAUAGAUAAUUUAAAAAUGUUUUUGAAAAACGGCAUAAUUCGAAUUGUUUAACGAGAAAAUGUAAAGGUUAAUAUGUUUACUGUCGAAUUUUCGUAAAUGUUACUGUUAAUUAGACUAAUACUGUUACUGUAAAAGUUUUUGGCACGUCAAGGCUUUAUUAUGACGCUUUUAUGUGAUAGCAAACUUGAGGUUUUUUGAACAUUUUAAAAUUUUUUUUCAAAUUGUGUACCUAUAUUUCGAAAUUUCAGAAGCCUCGACCAGCACGAACGUGGCGAGGUCAACGCAGAUUCACACAGUAUGGUCCAGCUUGUUAUUACUUGGCACAGAACAGAAAGGAACACAUGCCUCCAAUCAGAUUUGAUGAGGAUUGUCUAUCAGUCAAUGUUUUCACUCCUUUAAAUGAUGAUUCGGUAAGUUUUUUGAACAGACGGGGGGGGGGAGGGUAAUUUUCUAAAAAAGGGUUUUCAAGAGGGGUGGGGGGGGGGAGGGAGAGGUGAAGGAGUGAUGAUUACGCUACAUUUUACUUUAUUCUUUCUUAUCAUACACCUUACUCUAUCCUACCUUACCUUACUCUACCAUACUUACUCCACCUUACUCUUCAGUGCCCUACCUUACUGUAUUUCACCCUAGUCUACUGCACCCCACAUUAAUUCUCUCAGACUCUCACUUUAACUACAGUACUUUCCAGUAAUCAUCACUUUAUCUUUUGAUUACUUUGACUUUCUUACCAAACUAAAAAUGCUUUACCAAAAUAUUAAUCACAAACUUCAAACCACUUGUCCAAAACCGUCCCCUUCCACCGUGUGUACCGUUUAUUUUUAGAACGUAAAGUCCAAGCUGCCAAUUAUGGUCUACAUACACGGCGGCGCCUACGUAAUGGGCUCCUCGGCCACGGUCGGCGACGAGGGUAUUGCGCGGAUAUUGGCGACACAGAACGUGAUCGUGGUCACGUUGAACUAUCGUACGGGUAUUUUUGGCUUUUUCACGACGGGCGACUCGAACGCCCCUGGCAAUCAGGCUUUAUGGGAUAUGAGGUUGGCGCUGCAGUGGGUUAAUGAGAAUGCUGAGGUGUUUGGUGGUGACAAAAAGAAUAUCAUGUUGUUUGGACAGAGUGCGGGUGGCUCGGCUACUCAUGCGCUGCUUAUGUCACCUACUACUAAAGGUAAGUGGUUAGAGGGACAGUUUUGAGGCUUUGGGGGGGGUAAGUCAAAGACGACAAAGGAGACAAGAUUUCAGCCUGAAGCUGGUUAAGGGGGUAGAUUUAGAGGUGGGUAAGGGGGUACAUGUGGGGGUGGGUUAAGAGGGUUGAAAUAGAGUUGGAGCAAGGUGGUUCUUUAUAUCCUUCGGAUCACACUACUCCUCCUUGUCUUCUCUCUCCCUCCCUUACCUGCUUUUUUCCAAUACCCUCCCCCCCCUUAUCUUCCCGCCAAAUAUGGUACCUUGAUCACACAUACUACUGUAAUAACACUAUUAUAAAAUCAAAUUUUAGGACUGUUCCACAAAGCCGCGCCAAUGUCAGGAUCGACCGGAGAAAACGGAAUUACCCAGCCAUCUGUAAUCCGUUCACAAAUGCUAAACCUAGCCAAAUACCUUGGCUUCAAGCCUACGAAUGAGUCCUCAACCAAAGAUACGAACAUUGAGUUGGUAUCUUUCAUGCGUCAAGUAGAACCCUCAAAACUGGCACUAAAUGGAGCACUCAGUGUUAACUACAACUACUCUGGCAACGGACAAUUCAAGUUAAUACCUGUAUAUGACAACGAGUUCUUGCCUGGAACGUUAGAAAAGCUGAAAGCAGGUAUUCACGAUGUGCCGUUACUGACCGGUAAUACCGAAUACGAAGCAUUGGCUUUCUUUGGCAAGGAGAAUGUCUACGAAGCGGCAAUUGGAAUGGCAACGUAUUAUACGAAAGGUGAUAGUAUGUUGGCCAAGACCGCUAUGGACUACUUUGUUGACAAGAGUUUGCCAAAAGAUAGUGUGGAGUUUAUGAAACAGUGUAUAUUGGUGGUCUCGGACAUCAUCUUCAACAAGGACAUCUACUCUUUGGCAUUACAGUCAGCUCAGAAGAAGAAUCCGGUUUACUUGUAUACGUUCAAAUACUUUAAACCUACGCCCGCUACACAACGGUACCCUUUUCAAGGUAAGGUGAAGGUUACUGUAAAGUAUUGAAAGGUAUGGUUAGGGAGUGUAGAUAAGGUAUGGGUAAGGUAAGAGAAGGGCAUGAGUAGAGGAUUAAUAGAGUUUGGGUAAAGUACGGUAUGGUAUGGCAAUGUAAGGUAGGGUACAGUUGGGCGGGUACAGAAAGGUAGCGUAGGGUAGGGCACAGUAGGGUGAUUUAAGGUAGGGUGCGGUAGAGUAGGUUAAGCUAGGGAUAAAAUAUAGAGUAAACUACUCCGUUUCUCUUUAAAAUUACUUUCUCCCCCUCCUUGUGGACCUGACAGUAAGAGAAAGUAACAGAGGGUAAUGUCAACCUUCUACCUCCCCCCCCUCAGCACCCCUAAGUGUCACCAUGUUUAAAAAUAACUCUUAACUUUUCAUGAUUUUUCCUAACAACUCUAAAAAUAAAAAUGUAAUCUACUAUUAGUCAUCUCAACUAAUCAUUAACCCACUUUUUUCUAGGUGCUAUGCACUGCUCAGACCUACAGUAUCUGUUCGGAUUAAACGAAAACGAAGUGUACGAGCCGGACCUUGAUGAUGUUAUCGUAUCUGAUCAGUUGAGCACGUAUUUCGUCAACUUUGCCAAAUUUAGGUAAGAUUUUGAAUUUUUGUAAAUUUUUAAAUUUUUGAAAAAAAUUUUUUUUUAAUUUUAAAUUUUCAUUUUUUUUUAAAUUUUGCAAAAUUUUUAAAAAUACGAAAAAAGUAGAUGUUUGAGCUAAACUAGGCCUACAUUAACCUUUUCGAAUCAUUUUAAUCCAAGAAACCCAAUAAUAUUAAUCAUAAGACCCUGUACCUUAAUAUACGUAGUUAUCAGUAGAUAUCACAGUACAAGAUACGACAUUUACAUAAGACAUUAACGUUUUUCUUAAACGUUUUCAACGACAAAGUCUUCGAAAAUAAGGCUACUUUAAUCCAUUUUAAUCCAAUUUUUGUGUAAAUUCGUCAAGAAAUUUGAUGUCACUGUGGGGAUUAGUUUAUGUACCGUGAUAUUACCACCAAAGUAUAACAUUAUCGUUCAUGGACUGAAAAACUACAGAGUACAAGGCUUUAAUAUACUGUAGUUAAUAGGAGUUUACUGUAUUUUUUGUUUUACUACAGUAAAGUCAUUAAAAUUUUUUUAAAAAUUUAAACUUUGAAAAAAAAUCCACAGGAGUCCCUGUUGAUUCUUUUUUCAAAAAAAAUUUUUUUUUUCACUUUUUCAAAAACACCACAAAAGACAGAGAAAUGUUAUUUCUAAUCGCAAGCUUACGCAUUUCCUGAAUGUUCAAGUUUUAGGAUUAGUCACACCAAACAUAAUAGAUUGACGAAAUCUUGGCGUAAACCGCCGGAUCACAACAAUUUACUACCAUAGACAAUUGUACAAAAUACGUUUACAUGAGCAGUUUUUAAUUAACGUGAAAUUUUGGCGUAAUUAAGAUUUUAAAAGUGCAUAGAUGUGAUGUUUUUUUUCUGGAUUUAAAGUUUUUGAAAGAAAAAUAAAAAAAUUUGAGAAAAAUUCAGCUUGGUCCCCCUUGUGGAUAUUUUUCCAAAAAAAAAUUUUUUUUUAUUUUUUGAAAAUUUUGUAAAAAUAAUGAAAAGGCAUUCAUAUUAGGGAAAUAUUAAUAAAAAUUCAAAAUUUCACUUUUUAAAAUAAAAAAAAAUUUUUGAAAUUUAAAAAAAUUGAACUUGGUCCCCCUGUGGAUUUUUUCAAAAAAAAAUUAAAAAUUUUUCAAAAAUUGAAAAAAAAGAUCAAAUUACAAAUAAAAAUCAUCUAUUGUUUCAUAAAAUUCAAUUUAAAGAUCCAAAAUUUGCAUAAAACUCUCAAACUUAAAAACUACCUAAAACAAUAUAAUAUUGACCUUUCUCAUUUUAGUAAUCCAAACGGCCAGAACAGUGAACAGAAAUGGGAGCCAGUUUCGGAUGAAGCGACAAAACCCCAAUAUAUGUCAAUUGAUGUGAAUGCGACACAAUUACAUCCAGUAUUCAUGGACGGUCGAAUGGAGAAGUGGAACGAGAUCAACCAACAGGUCAAUUCGGCGAGGACGUUUACCCGAGUAUCAACGCUAUUACUUUCUAUGUACUCGUUUAGUGGUGCUACGACGCAGAGAAUGUUUGUGUAA